AUGCCGCCGGAGAUCCUCAGUAAGAUCCAAGCGGAGCUCUUCGUCGACAUGCACAUCAUCGUACAGAAAAAGAAGUACUACUUCCACGAUUCCGACCAGCUGCAAACCACUGUCCUCAAUCUUGCCGAGUGGAAAGAGGCUCUUGGCAUGCGUCAAGUCUGCCACCAGAUGAAGCUCAUCUUCGACGACGCACUUUCUCGCGCGAAGAGAGAAGGCAGCAUUCGUCUGGUUCUGGACAUGAAAGCCCACUCGCAGCGGCCAAGCAAGCCUGUUCCCAACAAUCCGCUCUAUUGCGGCGUGCCGAUGCGGAUCUUGAACACCUUCCCGCAAAUCGACAAUGUGACCGCUAUCUUCGCUCUCCCUCCGCCCGGUGCUGCGACGCAACAUCUCACACACGACGUUUUGCUCUCGCUCAAAGGCAAGAUCAUCCGCAGCACCGCGACAGAACACAGCCGCACAGCAAUCGACUUCGCCAUCAAGAGUGUCUCUUACGCCUUGCCUCAUCCUGACGUUGCGGCGGGUCGGCGUGUGCCCUUCCUCUCUCCUCUCACAACGAAAGGCCUGUACGAGCUGGGUCGGCUCUUCACAAAGCAUGUCGGAGAACUCGUGGAGUCGCAUUACAAAGUUGUGCAUCCUGGAGCAGACGUGGUGUUGGAGGUUGCUGAUCACAUCACGACCAUGCGCCAUUUGAACGCCUCGAGCUCGGUGGAAGCCACAGGAGCUCUGCUGGCAAAAGACAAUGCACGCUCUGCAGCCAUCGAUGAGGCUGAGAAGCAGAGGAAGGCGAAAGCCGAGGCCAACGUCAAGGAGGAGCAAGCCAAAGCCGAGGCGGAGAAAGUCAAGCAAGAUGAAUGGACGAGGGUGCAUGACUGCAAGAAGCUGGGCUGCAAGAAGGCUCAUGAUGUGAAUGACCUGCCGCCGUUCAGUAGCCGGCACAACUGGCUGUGGAAUGACUGA